AUGGCCAAAGAUUGCACUGAGGUACAAAAUAAUGGUAAGAACGAAAGUGGAGUUUAUCAAAUUGAUCCUGAUGGUAAAGGAUACUUUAAGGUCCUCUGUGACAUGACGUCAUCGGGUGGUGGUUGGACUGUAAUUCAAAGAAAUAAAAAAAGUGGAAAUACAGACUUCUAUCUGGGUUGGGCGGAGUAUAAACGUGGCUUUGGUAAUCUUAAAUCCGAGUUCUGGCUUGGAUUGGACAAGAUACAUCGACUAACAUCUGCAAAGAAAAAUAAACUUCGAAUUGAUCUAGUAAACACGUCAGGCACUAAAAAAUACGCUGAAUAUGAAGAUUUUGUUGUAAAGGAUGAAAAUUCUAAGUAUCAAUUAAGUAUUGGAAAAUACACAGGAACUGCUGGGGAUGAAUUAUCUUAUCACAAUAACAUGAAGUUUUCAACCAAAGAUUCAGAUAAUGAUAAAUAUAGUGGGGGAAAUUGCGCUGAUGGUGGUUGGUGGUAUAAUAGUUGUGAACUUUCUCAACUAAAUGGUGAAAAUAUGUUUUGGGAUGGUUUUAUUAACGUGAAAACCAGUGAAAUGAAAAUUAAACCAUGAAGACUUUUCAUAAAUAUUUAUAAUUUCAUGACAAUGAUCAGAAUAUCUCUCAAUAUGUCAUGUAAAAAUGUUUGUUUAUGAGCAAAUAUAAAAAAAUUGUGUUAAUUUCAUGAAGUAAUAAAAAAUGGUUUCAAUCAA